GUUCCUAGUGUUUGUAUUACCUUAGUACUCAAAAGUCCAGUGAAACUGUUUCUCCGUGGUCAAGUGCCUGUGACUCAGUAAGGUUUAUUGAGAUGCCGAGGAAUGGACACAGCAGAGCCGAGCGACUUGACGUCAACGUCGUGCCGAGAUUGCGGCAACGUCCAUAUAAGACGGUGUUAUUGGGGGCGUGUGACGUGGGCAAAUCUUCGCUCGCGAUUCGCCUCGUCAAGGGCCAAUUCAAUGCCAGCGAGCAGUAUACCAUCGGCGUUGCCUUCCUUACACAUACCUUAAAUCUCAAUAAUGUAACUGUCAUGUUACAUAUUUGGGACACUGCGGGACAGGAGCGUUACCACAGCUUGUUGCCGAUGUAUUACCGCGGAGCACAGGCGGCUGUCGUCGUUUAUGAUAUCACCAGCAAGUUCUCGUUCGAUUGCGCGAAGAGUUGGGUGAACGAGCUGCAGCAGUCGUCGUCGUCGAUCGUGAUCGCGCUGGCCGGCAACAAGAUCGACAUGGCUGCCAGGCGCAUGGUCGAGUUUGAGGAGGCGCAGGCGUACGCCGAUGAGAACGAGCUAGUUUUCAUGGAGACUAGCGCUAAGACCGCCACGAACAUCGAAGAAUUAUUUCGCGCCAUCGGACAAGAACUGGUGAAGAUCAAAGAUGUAGAUCGGGAGGUCGUGGAAAGAGGACGACGGUUGACCCGCCGUACAAAAAAGACCCGGCGAACGGCCGGCUGUCACUGCAAGUAGAUUUUCCAGAUACAAGCUUAUAAUUUCCGAAGUUCUAACUCCAACUGUUGGAAGUCCCGUUGGAAAAUGUCGCACAAUU